AUGGACCCACACUCACCAUUUUCUUAUCUCGUCUUUCCCCCGCGUGAAGAGCACACGCACACAGUCAUCUGGUUCCACGGUCCGGGUAGUAGCGCCUCAGAACUGUCAAGCGAAUUAUUCAAGUGCAAAGCCUCGCAACCAGAAGGACAACCAAGAACUCUUCGCGAUAUUUUCCCCACCAUAAAAUGGGUGUUCCCUCGAGCACCACCUUUAGACAUGUCGCGAUGGUUCCACAGGUGGUAUAACGAGCAGUAUGAAGCACUAAGGUUCAACCAUUCCUUGCGAUACAGCGGUAUUUCACAAAUCACAGACGGCCUCGAAGAAGAAGUCUACCAGGUCCCUGUCAACAGAAUCUUCCUGGCAUGGAUAGGCCAAGGCUUCCCAACUCCUAUUUCGGCAUGUGAGUUGACUUUUCAGGCACGGUUCGCCGGACUGAUCGGCCUCUCCAGCGGGCUUGCUUCGUAUGUACCCAGACUAAGGCACAUGCCGCGGUUCCCCUUGGUUCUACCAACGCCGGCAUUCUUGGCUCAUUGUGCCGACGACGAGGUGAUUCCGAUUGAGAGCGGGAGACGUCUUCGCGAUAUUCUGAGCGACUCGCUGCGACCAAUCCAGUGGAAGGAGUAUAGCGAUGGAGGUCAUUGGAUCAAUGAGCCGCAGGGAGUUGACGAUAUCGUUGCAUUUAUAAAGAGAAACAUGUACCGGUACUAGGUAGUCGUGUUGGCGCCCGGGGUUUACACACACCUGCACGACCACCUUCGAAGACCUAUACAUCUUCACCGCACUUGGCGCAGGGAAUUU